GUCGGAAAUAGUAAUAAAAGACAAUUCGACGGUUAAUCAUCCUCUGGUCCGAUCUGUUUCAUGGGCGUGGUGGCCUGGUGUUCCAUCUCGGCUCACGCUUCCUUGUGCUUCGGCGCGGCGACGCCGACGGCGACCAGAACGAGCCCUUCUUCGCCCCGGCACCGCACCAAAAUACACUUGGAGCCGCGGUGUCGGUCGUGGAGAUUCGAGUGUCGAGCCGGAAAUAGCGGCGCAGAAAGAGAUGGGGUCGAUUGGGCGUCAUCACCGACGGCCUCCCCGUACCAAAUCCUCGGCGUCGACCCUGCCGGUUGCUCCCAGGCCGAGCUCAAAGCCGCUUUCCGUGCCCGGGUCAAGGAAUUUCAUCCAGAUUUGUCUAAGGACAAGAGACAAGCAGAAACAUUGAUAAAACGUGUUAUAAAGGCAUAUGAGAUAUUGUCAAAAAAACACCAAGAUGAGCCUUACUUAAGGCCAGGAACUGAUCCCUUUGAAGAACCAGAAUGUGAAGCUUAUGAUCUUUUCAUAAACGAGUUUCAAUGCUUUGGUAAAGGAUGUCCAUAUUCUUGUGUUAAGACAGCACCUGAGGCCUUUGCCUUCUGUGUUGAGAAUGGUACAGCUCAUGUAAUUUCUCAAGACCAUGGCAAUGACUACCUUGUCCAGCUCGCUGUUGGACAGUGCCCAAGGAGAUGCAUACACUAUGUCACGCCUGCUCAACGGGCAGUCUUGGAGAAUAUACUCCAGAGUGCCUUGAACACCCCAUUUGACUUAACUGAAACACUUCUACUUGAUUCUUUAAUCUCCAAGGCAAAGUUUGAGAACAACAGGUACCAGAAGCCCAAAAGAAAGCCAAAGAUUUCGACAGAAUAUGUAGACUGGAUCUGAAUUGGAAUUGCAAAACACUUCCACAAUAGUGACUACAUGAAGUACAACAAAAUGUAAGGAAAUUUGUGCUCACUUCUGCGAAUGUGUAUGUAGAUGCAAUUUCUUGUGCAGGUGCAUUCUUAUAAUUUCUGAUCUUGUUUUGUUAAAUAUAUUAAAUAUACAAUUGCAGGCAGAAAUCAUUACCUUUUCCUCGAA